CCAGGAACCAGCAGGGCUGCUCCUCCUAUAAAGCCACCCACCCGCCCUCCCGAGUCCCAUUUUUGCUGCCCUGUGGAGCCUCAAAUUCUACUCGCGGACCCCUCCGUAAAUUUGUGUUUUUGCCCACGAAGAAAUAGGAAAUCGUCUCGCCGUUCGCCACCACGGUGACUCGACUAGUAUUUCCCCUCGCUCGCCGUCGACUCCUCCGCUCGCCGCCGCCGCCGCCCUCGCCGUCGCCGUGGCCUCCGCCGAUCCGAUCCCAAUCCAUCCCGGCGACCGCGAGCAGGGCGCGGGGCUUCGUCGUUCGUCCUGCUGAUUCCGCCGCAUCGCGUCGCGGUUUUCAUGACUGCCCUAUAGAUCAGCUCCUGAUUGGAAGGACUGUAGUUCCAUGAGAUAGAAGGGCAUAUUGAAGUAGAAUUUGGCCUUUGGUGAAUCUAAAUGGACAGUGGCUUGGGAAGAAGUUCAGAGACAUCCUUGAAAGCCUUGCCAUCAAUGGCAAGUAAUGCAACAAGGAAUACUGAUCCUGACCAACAGGGUGUUCGAUUCAGUUCCAUGGACCAGCCUCCAUGUUUUGCAAGACCUGGUCAAUCGUUCCCUGCUUUUCCUCCACUCUUUGGGGUUCAGUCUUCCAGCUUGUAUUUACCUGAUGACAUUGAAGCUAAAAUCGGUAACCAGUUCGAAUCAAAUCCUUCCCCGAAUAAUCCUACAAUGGAUUGGGACCCUCAGGCAAUGCUGAGCAACUUAUCCUUCCUUGAGCAGAAGAUCAAGCAGGUAAAAGACAUCGUGCAGUCUAUGAGUAAUCGUGAGAGCCAAGUUGCUGGUGGUUCCAGCGAGGCACAAGCAAAGCAGCAGCUUGUCACUGCUGAUCUCACUUGUAUUAUAAUUCAGCUUAUUUCAACAGCUGGUUCCUUGCUUCCUUCGAUGAAGAACCCAAUCAGCAGCAACCCGGCACUCAGACAUCUCAGUAACACACUUUGUGCUCCUAUGAUCCUGGGCACCAAUUGUAACCUGCGACCAAGCGCAAACGACGAAGCCACAAUUCCUGACAUUAGCAAGACCCAUGACUAUGAGGAGCUGAUGAAUAGCCUUAAUACUACUCAGGCAGAAAGCGAUGAGAUGAUGAACUGCCAAAAUCCUUGUGGUGGGGAAGGGUCAGAACCGAUUCCAAUGGAAGACCAUGAUGUGAAGGAGAGUGAUGAUGGUGGUGAGAGAGAGAAUCUCCCCCCUGGGUCUUAUGUAGUAUUGCAAUUAGAGAAGGAGGAGAUUUUAGCACCACAUACUCACUUCUGCUUGAUCUGUGGCAAGGGUUUUAAAAGAGAUGCUAAUCUUAGGAUGCACAUGAGGGGCCAUGGAGACGAGUACAAAACUGCUGCAGCUCUUGCGAAACCUUCGAAAGAUUCUAGCUUAGAGUCUGCACCAGUUACAAGGUACUCGUGCCCAUAUGUUGGCUGCAAGCGGAACAAAGAGCACAAGAAGUUCCAGCCUCUCAAGACAAUCCUGUGUGUGAAGAACCACUACAAGAGAAGCCACUGUGACAAGAGCUACACCUGCAGCCGUUGCAACACCAAGAAGUUCUCAGUUAUCGCGGACUUGAAGACUCAUGAAAAGCACUGUGGCCGCGACAAGUGGCUAUGCUCGUGUGGAACUACCUUCUCAAGAAAAGACAAGUUAUUUGGGCAUGUUGCUCUUUUCCAAGGGCACACGCCUGCACUCCCUAUGGAUGAUAUCAAAGUAACAGGAGCAUCAGAGCAACCUCAAGGCAGCGAGGCGAUGAACACCAUGGUGGGGAGCGCUGGGUAUAACUUCCCCGGUAGCUCAUCGGACGACAUCCCAAAUCUUGACAUGAAGAUGGCUGAUGAUCCACGCUAUUUCUCGCCAUUGAGCUUUGAUCCUUGCUUCGGUGGGCUUGAUGACUUCACUCGACCUGGAUUUGACAUCUCUGAGAAUCCCUUCUCCUUCUUGCCCUCAGGAUCAUGCAGCUUCGGGCAGCAGAACGGAGACAGCUGAUCGAGGCCAACGUUAACGAUGACGGCAAUGGCCUUGCCUACCUUUGUGUACCUUGUCUAGCCCUAUUCUUCCUCUGUUGAAGGAGCCAUUUUAGGUCAUUCCUUCUUCCUGAAGUGUACUUUAUUUUAUGAUCAUCAGUAAUGAUCAAGUACUUUUUAUCUUUCCUUAUAGAUUGAGAUAGCCCAAUCUUGGUAUAUAUAUGCAAGAAGCGUUUCUAAUUAUCUGAAUUGGUGCCA